AUGAGAUUCACUAUCUUCUCUUAUUUCUUCCUUCUAGCCAAUAUUUCAUUAAUUUCUGCAGGCUACGGACAUGAUCAUGACAAUACCCAAGCAGAGGCUUCCAAACAAAUCGACAAAUGGCAAGAUCAAUAUGAUCAAUACAUCAAAACUUCAAUCAAGCACCAGAGAGUGGGAUGUACAUCUCAAAAUAUAGUCUAUCGUCAAGAAUGGGGAUCGCUUUCAGAACGUUCUCGUAAAGAUUAUAUUAAGGCUAUUCAAUGCUUACAAUCAAAGCCCCCCAGAAGUACUAAAGAAGAUGUGCCUGGUGCACGAAGUCGAUAUGAUGAUUUCAGCGCUACUCACAUCAAAGUGACACCUUAUGUACACUUCAGCGGUCUCUUUCUUCACUUCCACCGCUACCUAGUAUAUCUCUACGAAAAAGCUCUUCGUGAAGAAUGUGGCUACAAAGGAUACCAACCCUACUGGGACUGGACACUUUCCUGGGAAGAUCCGCGUAAAUCCAGCGUUUUCAACGGCUCUCCAACAUCUAUGGGAAGCAAUGGUGCCUUUAUACCCAAUCGUACCAGCACGACCAUCUCCGCAUUCGGGAUCACUCUAAACAUCCCUCCUGCAACAGGUGGCGGUUGUAUAUCCGGCCCUUUCUCAAAUAAUUAUACCGUGAAUCUUGGUCCCAUCGCUUACGCCCCCUAUGGUCCCGAUCACGGUCUAGGAUACAAUCCCCGCUGUCUAUCGCGCGAUAUCUCAACUGUUUGGUCUAACAACACGAAACCUUCCGACGUUGUGAAACUCAUCAAAAAUAGUCCGGAUCUAGGAACAUUCGAUACGAAUCUCGAAGCGCUAGAUGGGGUUCACGCAGGUGGACAUUUCUCAAUGGGUGGAUUAGGUCUGGAUGCCUAUGCCAGUGCGGGAGAUCCAGCUUUUUGGUUGCAUCAUGCUAUGGUGGAUAGGGUCUGGAGUUUGUGGCAGAGUUUAAGUGCAGGUAACAGAACGAAAAUGGUUUAUGGGACAGGGACGGCCUUUAAUACACCUCCGAGUGCGAAUAUUACGCUUGAUACACUAGUUGAUUUUGGUAUCUUGGCACCGAAACAGAAGAUCAGUAGUUUGAUUUCGACGAUCGAGGGUGCUUUUUGUUAUGCUUAUGUUUAG